CAAAGAGUUCCAACAGUUUUGUCAACUCAGUAUUUGACAAGAACAUGGAACGGAGUUCAAUCCCGAUAAUCAGCGGGAUUGCUGAAACUGAAUCGAAUGUAGAUGCCGAACACCAAUACACAUUUGAACCUUUGCCAAUUCCUAAGCAAGACGCAGAAGGUAAUAUAAUCGACCAGGAAUACCUCGACAAACACUUCAAUGGUGUUGACAUAACCAAGGGUAAAUCGGGGAGAUUUUUAGAUGACCGGGCUUUGUUUUUAGAAGGUGCCGAAGGAUACUUUGAACAACACAGUGUUAGAGUGAACGGGGCUGGGAAAUCUUUAGCUGACCUUGCUCCACAGUUAGAUUAUCAGGAAUUUAAUUCAUACAUUAAAUUGUCAGACUCGCUUUCUCAGGACCGUAAGGGCAUACUACAUUCUUUACACAAAUACUUGCAUAACCAGUGGUGUUUUCAACUAUCCCAGGGGUUCAACAUCAAUUUUUAUGGGAUUGGGUCAAAAAUUGAUUUAAUUAAUGAUUUCGCUCAAGAAUAUUUGGGGACGUGGUUGAAGAACGUUAUCUCCGAGCACCCAGUUCCUAAGAUGUUGGUGGUUAAUGGAUACAACCCAACAUUGAAAUUCAAGAAAUUAGCGUUGGAAAUUGCAUCAUGUCUUAUUCCGAGCGAACUUAGAGCUCAAGAAGGAAUUAAACUUCCCCAGCAUAUUUCAGAAACAAUUCCGUUCAUAGUCAAUCAUAUGAAUGAGCGACGCAAGGAGAAAACCACCAGCUUUAUCAUGCCGGAACUUAUUUUAAUUAUUCAUAAUUUAGACGGAGAGACGUUUAGAGACGAUAAAAUCCAAGGGUAUUUGUCAUUGCUCAGUUCAAUACCUGAAUUAUGGUUGAUUUCAUCCACCGAUAACAUCAAUGCUCCGCUUUUAUGGGAUCUGUUUAAAAUGAAGAACUUUAACUUUAUAUGGCACGACCUAACGACCUAUUCUAGUUAUAUAAACGAACUGUCAUUUAGAGACGUGUUAAACCUUGGUAAGUCCAAGAAGUUUGUUGGCAACAGUGGUGCGAAAUUCGUGUUGAGAUCACUUACCGAUAAUCAUAGAAACUUAUACCGAAUAUUACUCGAAACCCAGCUUGAGAAUAUGAAGAAGAUAGCCACUACGAAGACAUCGAGAGCUGGAUUGAAGGGAACGAUGAAGUUUGGAGUUGAAUUGAAAUCCUUGUACGAUAAAUGUUUAGAUGAAUUCAUCACCUCCAACGAAAUAACGUUCCGAACAUUUUUGACUGAAUAUAUUGAACACAAAAUGUGUCAACUAGUGAAAGACCUGGCUGGGAUUGAAAUUGUAUUUAUCCCAUUUAGUUUCGACGAGAUGCAAAAAGUAUACCGACAGGAAUUUGCAGCCGAUAGCUGAAAAAAAAAUGGCUCAGCCCAUAAAUCACGUGAGAAGUGACUACUUUUUUUUUUUUUUUUCCUUUUCUUUCUUCUGCCUGCAUUGACGUAAUAAGUCGGUGGCCCAGAAAUCGCCGCUUAUUACACACGUAC